CGUGGCACGUCCGUGUGAGAUGUAGAAAGGAGUGGGGGGAGGAAGGUGGAGAAGACGGAGCAGUAGCCAGAGCAUGUUCUCGAUGCAACAGUUCCCUGCCCUGCCUCCGGAAGAAGAGCGUUACCGCCAGGUCCUCUCCACUGACCGGGUCCUAGGAACAGAUGAAGAUAAUAUGGGGGACGGUUGCUCUCAGAAGCUGGCUUCUGCCAAAUACCUUCGACUUUUGCUACUAAUACUGAUUCCAUGCAUCUGUGCUCUCAUCCUCCUAUUGGUGUUCCUGCUUACCUUUGUAGGUAUAUUAGAAAAAACAUGUUUUUAUUCAAAUGGGAGUGACCUUCUAGCUGCUGGUGGUAACAUUCGAACAUCUGACAUGCCUUUUCCAAAUAUUGUUGAAAAUGGUUCGAAUGUGGUUCCCAUAGUGGAUCUCAAAGUGCUGCCAUCUUCCUGGACCCAAAGCCCUUUAUCCCAUAUUGACCAAAUGCAUGAAAACUUAAGUAUGUUUAGGCAGGCCUUACAGGAAGAUUCCUUGGCUCCUAUUACAGCAGCCCCACCAUUCAACACUGCUACUGGUAUUUUGACCAGCGCCCCUGAAGACCAUACAUGGUCAUUUGCCACUACAGAGGAGAAAACUCUUUGGUCCACAGACACAUCCAUCAAGAUCACAGACAGAAUAUCCUCUCUACCUACAUUAAGUUCUAUCCAUCCAGCUGCUGUACAAGAAAUGAAUCUGAAAAAAAGUGCCUGCAUAAAUAUCACGUACAGCCAGUGCCAAAUGCUGCCAUAUAACCACACCACUCUAACAUCAGUUCUUUCCAUUGUCAAAAGCAUUGAAAUGGAAAAGUUCCUCAAGUUCUUCAGUUAUCUCAACCGCCUCAGCUGCUAUCAACACAUCCUGCUGUUCGGCUGUAGCCUUGCUCUUCCUGAGUGCAUCAGUGAUGGUGAUGACAGGUAUUUGGGAACUAAAAUCAGUCAGUGAUUAGAGCCAAUUGUAGCACAAUACUGCAUAUCUAAUCAGAACAAAACAGUCCUGAGCUAAGCCUAUGGCCUUAUCAUUGCAAAAAUCCUGCCAGUCAAAGCUGUUCCCCCAGCGUUUCUGCCUAACUAAACUGUCUUCAAGCUCUUCUGUUAGAACAAGCUUAGUAUUUUUGCUGGGAAGAAAUUAAUUAGUGUCACUAUAACAGUUGAAUAAUUUAUGCCACAAGUUAGAACAGAACUGUAAUGCAAUCAGGGGUGCUUUCUUAGCACAAUCAAUGAAAAAGAUAUAGUAAGGGAAGCCUAUCUAGUGGCUAGCCCAA